AUGAGUUAUCCUGCACCAGCUAUUUCAGUUAAAUUAGUCUUGUUAGGAGAAGCCGCAGUAGGUAAAUCUUCCUUAGUUUUAAGAUUUGUUAGUAAUGAUUUUCAAGAAAAUAAAGAACCAACAAUUGGAGCAGCAUUUCUUACUCAAAAAUGUACAAUUGGUGAUAGAACCAUAAAAUAUGAAAUAUGGGAUACAGCAGGACAAGAAAGAUUUGCAUCCUUAGCUCCAAUGUAUUAUCGUAAUGCUCAAGCGGCUAUUGUUGUCUAUGAUAUAACUAAACCUGCAUCUUUCAUUAAAGCAAGACAUUGGGUUAAAGAAUUACAUGAACAAGCUUCCAAGGAUAUAACAAUUGCCCUUGUGGGUAAUAAAUAUGAUUUGAUUCAAGAUGAUAAUGAAGAAGAGAGUUUAAGAAAAGUGAGUAUUGAAGAAGGACAAGGUUUGGCUGAUGAAGAAGGAUUAUUAUUUUUUGAAACAAGUGCAAAAACUUCCCAUAAUGUAAAUGAUGUUUUUCUUGCUAUUGGGAAUAAGAUUCCUGAUUCAACUGCUCAACAGAAUCAAGAUCAAGCUGGGAAUGAAGGAAGAAUUGAUUUAAGUACUAAUGCAAAUACUAAUUCAAAUAAAGGAAGUGUUUGUCCUUGUUAG